AUGAAGUCAACUACGAUCCCAACACUCUCUGUCUUUGAGACACUGGGCCUUGCCGUAAGGAUACUCCUAGUACCCGGAACCAUCGUGGGUAUUCUCAUCCGAGGCCUACCACUUGCUAUCAAACAUAACAUCCCAUUACAUCUCUGGCUCAGCUGCAUGGUCGGACGCAUCCUCCUGGGAAAUUUCAACCCACGGCAGAUCCAAUUCCUCUGCACACCAACGAUAGAUGUCUACACAGCCUGGAUCAAGAAGCAGCGGGACCAGGGCCAUCACACUCAACUAAACAUCGACAUUGAGCCACUCGCCGGAACUGAUGCAUCUAUAAUGUGGAUUGGCAACCGGAAGAAAGCAUCUAAAUUCGUUCUGUUCCUGCACGGCGGCGGAUAUGUUGCGCCCCCUCUGCCGGGGCACUUGACUUGGUGCUGGGAAGCAUAUGUGAAUGGUGGACCUGGUGCGAGUCAGGAGGUCGCUGUUGCGGUACUGCAGUAUACGUUGGCGCCUGGUGGGAGAUAUCCUGAUCAGCUUCGCCAAGCCUCCGCCGCUCUAAAUCAUCUACUCCAGAGCGGCGUGAAUCCCCGUGAUCUGAUAGUCGGCGGUGACUCGGCGGGAGGGAAUUUGACAGCGCAACUGGCUUAUCACCUCUUGCAUCCUCACCCAACGGUCCCAGAAGUGAAGCUUGAGAGUCCCCUAGCAGGAAUGUUCCUGGUCUCUCCCUGGCUCAGCGAUCGAUCAGACACUUCCUCGUUCAAAAACUAUGGAAACGUCGACAUGCUCUCUGCGGGCUUACUCCAGCGAACCUCCAUACACUCAUUUAGCAGCGACGACCUCAAGCCAAAGGUCAACGAAGCUCACCCAGCCCUCUCCGUGGAUGGAGAUUUAUCAUGGCUAAGUGAUCUCCCUACGAUAACCAAAGCGCUCUACGUCACUGUUGGUGGAUGCGAGGUUUUCUGUGAUGCAGUCGUCGAAUUUGGGAAGGCUGCUCAAGAGAAAUGCCGGUCGAUUCCUGUAGUGUUUGAAGUUGGUGAGCGUGAGUGUCAUGACUUUAUACUGAUUGAGAACCAAGUAAAACGGGUAGGUGAUGCUACGGAAAGGAUGAGGAAAUGGGCUUCGGGGAUAUUAUUUGACUAG